GUUGAUCUCUCAAAGUCAGUACAUGUCUUCUUCUACUACUAGCAAUCUCCCUGCUACUUCCAAUCUUGAGACCCAAUUGCUUUCUUCAGUUCCACCACCCGCAAAGAAGAAAAGAGGGUCAGCGUUGUUAUGGUACUUAGUUGGAUUCACUACCUAUGGUCUCGGUGAGACGUAUAAGUUCCUACAAACAGAUGUGUACAAGAAACAUCUUGAUUUCAGACAACAAUGCUUGGAAAUUAAACCAAUGAAGCUGAAUACAACGAAAGAUUUGGAUGGGUUAGGAUUUCGACGGGUGGUAUGCAAAGGCGUUUACGAUGAGCAAAGAUCGAUUUAUGUGGGUCCAAAGCCUAGAUCCAUGUCUAAAGGUUCUGAAAAUGGCUUCUAUGUCAUUACACCUCUUUUGCCAAUCCCUAAUGAACCAAAUAGUAUGAAGUCCCCUAUUCUAGUAAACCGCGGAUGGGUUCCUUCGGAUUGGAAAGAAAAGUCUCUAGAAUCUCUAGGUACCGGUGUUGUCGUUGCUGCUGCAAAUGAGUCUAGAAAAUCUAAUAAAAUAGUCUCCUCUCAACAAAAUCUCUUGUCGAAGUUCUGGUGCAAGUUUAACAACCCAACAAUUGCUGAGAAGGAUCAAGUCUGUGGGGCUAUGCAUGUGGCCGAAGUGGUUGGUGUAAUUAGGAAAAAUGAAACUCCAGGCAUAUAUACUCUAGUAAAUUAUCCAAGUUCGCUUGCGUGGUUCUACCUUGACGUUCCUAAACUGGCUCAAGCAAUGGGAUUUGGUGAGGACACAAUGUAUAUAGAGAAUACUUACAAAGAUAUGGAUGAAAGUAGACCAUAUCCAGCUCCGAGAGACGUUGAGAACUUGAUUCGUAGCAAGGAUAUACCACUGAACUAUCACUUAUACACAGUUUUAUGGCAUUGGAGCUCCCUGACUUGCUUUAUUAAGGCGUCAUCGAUUUUAAUGCGAAAAUUUACAAAAUCUGAUCCUGUUGACACUAUUGGUGUUGGUUGUCUCACUAAACUCGAGCCAGGAAAAGACAUGCCCAAUGAAGGAUGAAGAUCGUUCACCUGAAGAUUGAGGAGAGGAUAUGGAUUGUGAGCUUGUAUAAGCAAAUGAGAAGACAGAGCGAGGAGAAUUUCAUUCCGUAUAUUCAAGCCAUUUGCCCCUAUUUAUCUCUUAGAAACAUCUCGCAUCUAAAACACCGUCAUUUGUAUUCUUCACUUCAAUUUAUCAGUAAAACAACAUCAGUUCU